UUCACCCACCAUUUUCCCUUUUUCCCAAAAAAUCCUUCUCUCUCUCUGUGACGAUGGCGGCGCAAGUCGAGAUCGAUGACCAAGAGUCCUUCACCAAUUCAGAUCACGGCGAAAUCAUCGAUGAUUCCUUCUCCGACAACGCCGACUCUCGCCUCGCCGGUAACUUCACCGGAGACUCGACGGUUCUUCUCCGCGAAGACAAUCACGAGUACGACGUCAUCAAAAACUGUUUCCUCUCCGGGAUGGGUCCAUUCGCCGGCGAAACCACGGUCGUCGCGGUGCGUAAGAACUCGACGGAGAGAGUCACGACGAAGGCGAAGUUCGCGGCGUCCGUCGUUUUCACCGAAGCUAUGAAGAGGAAAAACGGCGGAAACGCCAACGUGAGGUACGGAUGGUAUUCAGGCUCCAAGGAAGAGAUCGACGACAUCAUUUCGUAUGGGUUUAGCAGCCGCGAAAUCGAGAAAUUCGAGAACGAUAAUGGAUCUCACGGCGUCGGGAUUCAUCUUAUUCAUCAUAAAUGCUCUCUCGCUGCGGCUAUAGUUGAAGAAGAUGAUGAGGAAGGGCUAAAACAUCUUCUCUUGUGCCGUUUGAUUCUUGGUAAACCGGAGCAAAUCAGCUCUGGGUCUAACCAAUCGUACCCGAGCUCGGUUCAGUAUGAUUCUGGUGUUGAUAAUCUUGAGAAUCCGAGAAAGUAUGUGAUUUGGAGCUGUAACAUGAAUUCUUACAUUCUCCCGAGUCAUGUCGUGAGUUUCAGGUCUCCUCGACUUAGAGGUCUCACUAGAGAUGGUGGUGUUUUGGGAAGAGCAAGGUCUCCAUGUGUUAGCCUCUCUUUACUCAUGUCCAUACUUCCAAACUCACUCGACCCACCAAGAUUGAAUGUGAUCUUGACAGCUUAUGAUGAUUUUCGGAAACGGAAGCUGAAGAGAGAGCAGCUAGUUAGGAAGAUGAGGGAAGUGGUUGGAGACGAGCUUCUUUUGGAUAUAAUCAAGAAUCAGAGAGAUAAAGACUAGGAGUAUUAAUCAGGAGAAAUUGACGUCACAGGUUUUACCGAAUCAGCCCAAAGUUAAGCAGAGGAGCUGAUGAUGCAUAAUGGAGUAGGUUGAAACAGAAGAAACACGUUUACACUUAUAGUAUUAUAUAGAAUAUAUAGAUUGUUGACUUGAAUCACUCAAAUCAUACCCCAAAAAAAAAGUAGAUUGUUAGUGUAUAUGUAUGGGGUUAAUCAAAAAGGU